UGGAAAUCGUAGCAGAAUCAAGCAUCGUAAUUGGGUUUAAAUGGGCCCUUGUUUGAUCAGAUCAAAACUCAUAAUAGUCUGACGAUCAGAUCCAGACCGUCGAUUAAACCCUUCUCUAUUAGCAAUAUUACAAUUACACCUUGCCUCGCAGAAGAGAGUGAAAAAAAAACAAAGGACGGAACUUCGGGGUCUAGCGUUCUUCGUUGUUCAUACGGAUUUUGACCCAGUUUUCUCUAAUCGAAUCUCCGGAAGAAGAUUGAGGAAGUCAGCAGCAUGGAGAAUGUAGAAACUCCGCAGAAUGCCAACGAGCAUUGCCCGGGUCCUCAAUCCGAAACUGCCGGGAAGUCAGAUGCUUGCCAAGGUUGUCCUAACCAGCAAGAAUGUGCAACUGCACCCAAGGGCCCUGACCCAGAUUUGGUUGCGAUAUCGGAAAGAAUGGCUACUGUUAAGCACAAGAUACUGGUUCUGUCAGGGAAAGGCGGGGUCGGUAAGAGCACGUUCUCGGCUCAGCUUUCCUUUGCCCUGGCGGGAAUGGACUAUCAGGUAGGCCUAAUGGACAUAGAUAUAUGCGGGCCAAGCAUCCCGAAAAUGCUAGGUCUUGAAGGGCAAGAGAUUCAUCAGAGCAACCUCGGAUGGUCUCCAGUCUAUGUGGAGAGCAACCUCGGUGUCAUGUCUAUCGGUUUCAUGCUUCCAAACCCGGAUGAAGCAGUGAUCUGGAGGGGUCCCCGGAAGAACGGUCUCAUCAAACAGUUCUUGAAAGACGUAUACUGGGGCGAGCUCGAUUUUCUCAUUGUAGAUGCCCCACCAGGAACCUCAGACGAGCACAUCUCCAUUGUCCAGUUCCUUCUAUCCACUGGCAUCGACGGUGCAGUCAUAGUCACAACCCCUCAGCAAGUCUCGUUGAUCGAUGUCAGGAAAGAAGUCAGCUUUUGCAAGAAAGUGGGCGUGGAAAUACUCGGGGUCGUCGAGAAUAUGAGCGGUUUGACUCAGCCAUUGAUGGAUUUCAAGUUCGUGAAGCUGAAGACCGAGACAGGGGAACCGACAGAGGUCACGCAGGAAGUCAUAUCGUGUAUAAACGAGAAGGCCCCCGAGCUGCUGAAGGUGUUUGCGCAGAGUGAAGUGUUUGAUAGCAGCAGAGGCGGCGCAGAGAGAAUGUGUGGGGAAAUGGGAGUUGAGUUUCUGGGGAAAGUGCCGUUGGAUCCUCGGAUUUGCAGAGCAGCCGAAGAAGGCAAGUCUUGUUUUGAUGACGACAAGUGCCUGGUAAGCGGUCCUGCCUUGAAGAACAUCAUACAGAAACUUGUCAAGGGUCUGGAGUCAAGAACUCCAUUGACUGAGUUUAAAAAAAAAACUGUUAAACUCGGAUUCAUGAAUCUUUGAAGUCAUGUUCUUUUUUUAUUUUAUUUUUUAAAGUUAAUGAUUCUUAAAGGGUUGGUUUAUUUGGUUAAUAGUCUAGCCGAAUCA